ACCACUCUGGCCAGCAGGUCUGCUGCUCUGAUGCCAAGUAAACAGACAUACACCCUGCCCCCUGUAAAGCCCCAGGAACUUUGAAACUCCCCUUCCUGUUUUCUUGGCAAGUGCUCACUUAUCUGGCCAGGUGACAAUGUCUGCUCCAUGGAGCAAACAAUCCCCUGCUUGGAGCAAUGCUGAGCUACUGGAGCUGAUCAGUGUUUGGGGAGAGGAGGCUGUGCAGGGACCCAGGAUGCCCUGUGAUUUUCCCCCCCCCCACCUUCCCACAAGACCCAUCAUCAAACUGGAGAGAGCUGCAUCGUGGGAUAGCUGCUCUAGAGCACUGCUCUCAUCGGGGAUGAAAGUGCUGCUAAUGUAAACUUUGACGCCUAUGGAAAACUUCCUUCACCACCUGUGCCUUACCAAUGACAGAGACAAAGCAGUUCUGCCAAAAUCAUUAAGUCUAGAACCUUUGCAGACUGGAAAUUUGCUGCUUCUUCACAACCAACAUUCUAUGGUGGGAGCCUUCUUUUCUAGUUAACGUCUUUGUGGAAAUGAAUAGAGAUCCUAUGAAGCUGUUCCUGUGGCUCUUGCUGCUCAUCACGGAAGUUUUGGCUUUCAGAACUGAAAAAAACAACAAAGAAAAGGCUGUUGAGCUAAUGAAGCAAGCCCCUUUAAUUGAUGGGCACAAUGACCUUCCGUUACAACUGAGGAGAUUGUACCAAAACAGACUAAGUAAAAUCAACUUAAAAAUUCUCAACACCACAGUCACAAACAUUCAGAAACUUAAGACUGGCCAUGUCGGAGCUCAGUUUUGGUCAGUGUAUGUUCUAUGUAGUGCUCAGAACAAGGAUGCUGUGCGUCUGACCCUAGAGCAGAUUGAUGUUGUCAAGAGGAUGUGUCAAAUCUAUCCAGAACUUGAACUUGUUACUACUUCUCAAGGUAUUGCUGAUAGUAAAAAGAUAGCAUGCUUGAUUGGAAUAGAAGGUGGCCAUUCCAUUGACAGCAGUCUCGCAACGCUAAGGAUGUAUUAUGACCUGGGUGUUCGGUACAUGUCUUUAACGCACACCUGCAAUACUCCAUGGGCAGAAUCUUCAUCAAAGCAACUACAUAAUUUUUAUCCUAAUCUGAAUGGUCUGAGUUCAUUUGGCAAAGAAGUGGUGUUGGAGAUGAAUCGCUUGGGGAUGAUGAUAGAUUUAUCUCAUGCAUCAGACUCCACCGCAAGAAUGGCUCUCCGGAUCUCCAAAGCACCAGUCAUUUUCAGUCAUUCUUCAGCCUUCUCUGUUUGUAACCACUCAAGAAAUGUUCCUGAUGAUAUUCUCCAGAGUUUGAAAAAGAACAAUGGAAUUGUGAUGGUGACUUUCUAUACAAAGGUGCUGGCCUGUGGAAGAGAGGUUGUGAAUGUUGCAACUGUGGCAGAUCAUUUUGACCACAUAAAGAAAAUUGCAGGUUCAAAAUCAAUAGGAAUUGGAGGUGACUACGACGGAGUGGAUCAAUUCCCUGAAGGACUGGAAGAUGUUUCAAAAUACUCUGCGUUGAUUGAGGAACUUCUGAGAAGAAACUGGACCGAAAGAGAACUGAGAGGGGUUUUAAGGGAAAACUUGCUCCGUGUUUUCAAGGAGGUGGAAAAAGUGCGGAAUGACAGUAAAUCAAUGAAUGAGAAUGAGAACGAAAUCCCACAAAGAGAGGUGCAAAAUUCCUGUCGUCUAGACCUAAGAAACCCUCCUCUUCGGACAACUAAUGGGCUUCCCAUUUCCUAUGGAUCUCCUUCUGUUGUACAGACUUUGGAUCUAAUGUUCAUUACUGUAAUAUAUAUAAUACUGCAUUAACAAUGCACAGAAACCUGAUGGGUCAAAAGGGUUAUUGAAUACACAUACCCAAACAGACAUUACAUGUAGAGUGAACUGCAAUGCAAAUGGGUAAAUCUUCUGCUUAGUACAAAGCUCUACCUCCAAGGUAUGUGAAUAGUAUUAAACCUAGAGAAUCAUUUAUGUAAAUCUACCUACAUAUGGCAAAGAUUAAUUUUGUCUUAAAUGCUUAGGUAGCAGUGUUUGGAAUAUGGCUUGGUGCUGAACACUCUUGGAUCCACUGAUGUCAAAGGAAGUUGGUAAUGCCCAGCACCUCAGGUCAGAUCCUGUACUAUGUGCAAGACCCCUUGUUUUCAGUUUUUAUUUUGUUUAAAAUUUCCUGGGAAUUUCAGUGUUAAUUACAAAAAAUUAAAAACAUGGAUGAAAAUGAGUACAGAAAAUUAACUUAAUGGUUUUCUGGGUUAGUAGGAAAAAGCAACAGAGAGAAGUAGAAAUAGUGAAAGUAAAAGCAUCUCAUGCUGUGAUUUAUUUCAUGAACUGUAUGUAAACACUUGCACGUGUAUGCAUGUGUGCAUCUUCCACUACAUUUGCCUUACUUUAACUGACAGCCUAGCCUAAAUGGAAACGCAAACUUAUUAUUAACAUAAACACAUCACCUAAUGUCAUGUAUUGGAUUUCCUUAACAUAAUCAGUAUAUUUAUAUAUUCGAGUAGUCCAAAAUCUGGGUGAAAAUCAGUAAAAGCUGAACAAUAGCUUUUUGGAAAACUUGGGAAUUUUCCAGUAAAAACUGAAAACAAAGGGCCUGAACUAUGUAGUUCGAGCUCUUGGCUGGUCACUUGUCUUUGGAUGCAUGCCUGGUAUUAGGAUUGGGGACCAGAAGUACUAAUCAAAUGAAUUUUUUUUUUUUUUUUUUUGCAUUUUAAGGGAGAGCUAACUGCCAGCUGGGUUUGUAGGUGACUAUAGUGACAUCAGUCUGAGAAGGAAAAAAUGCCAUGGCUGUUUGAAGGAGAAUGUGACCUCUUUUAAAUUAUGUUUUUGCCAAAAAGUUAAAGUAUUUUUUCAACCUGGAGGUUAUUUGAGAAACUAUAUUCUGCCCUUUAUUUAGUCACACUGCAGUAACUGCCUUCACUUAAGUCUGUGGGCGAGGUAAACAUUCUAGGCAUGUGGCACUGCUGGAUCUGCCACAAGUGUUUGAUUGCUAUUCACCAUGGACAGAAUUCAGCUGUCAUUGGUUUGUAUAUGCCGCAAUAUCUUGCUUCCUAUCUCUAGUUCAUUGCUUUGAGCCAGGGAACGCUAAAUAACCAUGCAAUCUGUUUUGGGUCCCAUUCCUCUAGUAGCCCAGGGCAAUAUUAUUUAUUAUCAUGACAUCUGUUGUUGCAUGUCUGCACAACAUCUAGGAUAUCUGAUAUCUUCAGGACAACAAGGGCUGGAUAUCUGAAUUGUUUAUAGAAACGUAGGGCUCAUCUAAAUAUGUAAAAAUCAAAAGUUUACCCUCCAUUCCAAGAACUUCAACAGUCCUGUGCUGACUUUUUCCCUUUGGGAGCAUUGUUUAUUUGCCCUGUCCCUGUUUGUAUCUUUUCAAAUGUUAGUAAUUGAACUUCUCUUGAGUUAUUAGUGAUAAAGCUCCUACAUGCCAUCUUGAACUUCCCCAUGCGGUAACUAUGGAGGACUGCUGGAAAGUAAAAAGCAUUCUUGGAGGAGAUGAUAAUUAGGGUUGGGUAAAAAACAUCUUGUGAAAUUGCACCUGACUCGGGCUUAUGGGGCUUGGGUUGUGGCGCUGUUCCACAGCUGUGUACACAUCUGGGCUCAGGGUGGAGCCCAGGCAAUAGGACCCUGCUAGGUGGGAGGUUCACAGUGCUCGGGCUCCAGCCUGACCCCGGAAGUCUACACAGCAAUGAAACAGCCCCACAGCCUGAGCCUGAGUCAGCUGGCAUGGGCCAGCUGUGGGUUUUUCGAUGUCCUGACAAACCUGGCUUUGAUGGGGUUGCAAAGGGUAUGAAUCAGAGCAGAAAUAAGGCCUCUGUGUUCAGGCUUUGUGAUGGGGUGCCCAUCCCACACAAGGCCUGGAGGGGUUAAAGUGGCUAGGCGGGCCAUUUAACUGUCCAGGUUGCACCUGAAGGAGACUGGGAGCAGGCCACUAACUGGAAAUGGGUUCAGCUGGGCAGGAACAGUGAUACCAGUCAGCUCUGUGUUCUUGGGGAAUCAGGGCGCAGUAACCAGCCUGUCUGACUCACAAAGGACAUCCCCCCUCCCCAGCCUCUGCUUGAACCAAAACCAAUCAAAAGAAAGACUUACAGAAAGCAAUGAAAAGGCAGUGGGAGAUGCACCUAAACUCCUCCUGACAAGGGUGACAGGAUUAAGGCAACUCUCCUAGCCUCAUCUGCAUCAAAGAUGGGACAGGGAGGCAUCUUCAUUAGCAUACAGAUUGGAGCACAGAGAUUCCAAGGCAAGAAUCGCACUGAACUCUGGGACCAGAAAAGCAGGGAAGCACUGCAUCAUGGGGGAUCUCUGCUCCAGAUGUUAAUGAACCUAUGCCUGCACACACCCAGCUCAGCAAUUAUCAGACCAAUUCAAGUAAUGAAUCCUUGACUGAUAUCCAAAAUACUGAAGCUGCCUAAUUGCAUUGUGAGCUCCCUUGAAGGAACACACCCAUAGCCAGGAAUGAUCAGUUCCUAUAGUCUAGCCUAAAGAAAACCCUUGAGUCAUCAGUUUACCCAUAAACAAAUCUAGUGUUUUCCCUUGAACCAUUGUUGUUUCCCUACAAAAACCCCUACCCACACUCAAGUAAGUGUUCUGAUGCCUGGAUCCAAACUCUGAAUUCAGUUCCACUGGGACUUCAUCUUCUCCUGACUGAGGGAGCUGCGGCUUGCAAACCCAGAAAGGGUGAAGCCAGAUAAAUAGGAAGAAGCUCAGAGAAUCAACAGCAAGGACCGUACAGACCUUGGCUGCUUGUUAGAGGGUCCCUGGAGCCCAGUGUAGAGGGUGGGUCUGGGUUCUCCUACCAGCCACUGGGACAUGGCACAGGGCAUGGAGAUGUCAGACAGAUAACUGCUCCGGAACUACUGCGAUUUCCCUGGAAGGGGAGGACCUUAAUGGUCUGGGUGGAGGGCCAAGCCACAAACAGAAAGCUGUAGUUCUGUGGGUGAGAGGGGCCUCAGGUGAAAGAGAGGAUGGGUAGAGACCUUGCCAGAGGAGGGACCACAUGUGGUGAGUGGUCUCUGACAGGCUUUUAGAAAGGACUAUCCAUGUUCAAAAUCUAUGUUGUUUGGAUUCCUUGCUUGCUCUGCAUGUUGCUGUUCUCCCCUCAAUUCCCUGUUCUCCUCUCAAUCCUUGGGUUUAAAACUGCAGUUAAAAAUGUGUAUUAGUCUUUUACAUGGUGAUAGCUAAUAAAAGCAAUUGAUUUUUCUUCA